CCCCGUCCGGAGCGACGCUAUCUCUAAACCUUGUUUUCACGACAAGACGGGGCCGCAAGCCUGCAGCAAGCUUACACCUCCUGAAUAGUCGAGACCCGCUGUAUUAUGUGCCAUGCGCACAGUGCUGUCAGCACAUCAAACAGACCAUUGGGAGCAUCGUAACAACGUUUGCCUCAAAGCUAAACAUGAAGCGUUGACCUCGGCUGGGCGGGCGUGGGACGUAGAAUGGGGUUACCUUUUAUCUUGAUGGCGACGGCUCUCAAAUCCUGCUUCGGCAGCAGUACCAUGUGUGCAGCUCUCCUCGACCCUGGAAGUGAUACGACCUUCAGGCACAAUGGGCGUUUCGCAACUUGAACAUGUCCGCUUGUCGGCGACUUUGGCCAAACUCGCCCCAGCUCAGGUCGCAGCGAUACUGGGCCUAGGGCUCGUCCUGUACGCCGUUGGUUUGGGCGUCUACCGCCUAUACUUCAGCCCGCUUGCCAAGUUUCCAGGGCCCAAACUCGCCGCGCUCACGCACUGGUAUGAGGUCUGGUAUGACCUCUUCGCCAACGGCGGCGGUGGCCAGUUCGCCUGGAAGGUCAAGGAGAUGCACGAUAAGUAUGGCCCCAUUGUGAGGGUCAACCCGGACGAGGUGCACAUCGACGACCCGGAGUUCUGGAACGAGGUCUACUGCGCCAGCACGCCGUCCAAGCCCAUGGACAAGUCGGGCAAGUUCAAAUAUCGCUUCGGCAUCCCCGAGGCCACCUUCAGCACCACCCAUGCCGAGCAGCACCGCGCCCGGCGCGCUGCCCUGGCCCCGUUCUUCUCCAUGCAGCGGAUCCGGAGCCUCAACCCCAAGAUCUCCGAGAUUGUCGAGCGCAUCUCGUACCGCCUGUCCACCGAGUAUGCCGGCACCGGCCGCGUCCUCAACGUGUCCGACAUGUGGUCAAGUCUGACCAUCGAUGUGACCUCGGACCUGGCCUUCAGCCGCUCCGUCAACUGCUCGGCCGCCCCGGACUUCAAGUCGCCGCUCUCCACGGGGAUGCAAAAUAUCAUCUGGGCCGGCCAUUGGAACGCCCAUUUCAAGAUUCUUGUCGACCUGAUGAAUUGGCUACCAGACUGGCUGUUGGGCACGCUGAUUCCGCCUUUCAAACCAGUGCUCGAGUUCCGAGAGACAACUCGCCAGCAAAUCAAAGACAUCCUCUCGGGCAAGAACCCCAAGAGCGAGUACGCGGAGCAUCCGACCAUUUUUCACGACAUCCUUGCCUCCAACCUGCCGCCCGAGGAGCUUACGCUCAAGCGGCUGACGGACGAGGCCAUCAGCCUCAACGGGGCGGGCAUGGAAACGACCAAGUGGACGCUGACCGUGGCCACAUUCCACAUCCUCGAUAACCCCCACGUGCAGACCCGGCUCAAGGCCGAGCUGGCCGAGGCCAUGCCGGACCCGGCCAACAUCCUCCCGUGGGUCGAACUCGAGAAGCUUCCGUAUCUGACCGGCGUCAUCCAGGAGAGCCUCCGUCUCUCAUACGGCCAAGUCCAGCGCAUCCCGCGCGUCAACCGGCUGCACCCUUGGAAAUACAAGGACUGGUUGAUCCCGCCGGGCGUCGCCGUCGGCAUGGACGCGUUCCACAUGCACACCAACUCGGACGUGUUCCCGGACCCUCAACAGUUCAAGCCCGAACGCUGGCUCGGCAACCCCAGGGGCCCCGGCGACAAACACCCGCUGACCAACUACCUGGUCCCCUUCGGCCGCGGGUCGCGCGUGUGCCUGGGCAUGCCGCUGGCCUACAUGGAGCUGUACGUCGCGCUGGCCACCAUCUUCCGCCGCCACGAGCUCGAGCUGUUCGAGACGGACCGGAGCGAUGCCGAUUUUGUGCUGGACAUUGUCAUGCCCAUGCCCAAGCGCGGUAGUAAGGGUGUUAGGGUGACUGUCAAGCGGUGAGCUUGAGCAUGUCUGGUGGGGAGGUGAGCAAGCUACAUCGCCUGCGGUGCGUUGUGGAAUAGGUGCACUCCGGAAUCUGGCGAUGCAGAAAUAUGCCUUUAUUUUGUGGAUGUUAGAUGCAGAGUGCCCUGUGAAAGAUGGCUCUGGUGGGAGGGAAAAGCCACUGCACUAAAUGUGGGGCUAAACCAGUCUGCAGAGAGAGCCGAUAGAAUCGAUGAAGCGAAUCCCUAACUGGGUGUGUCCGGAGGCGGUUCUUUUUGCGACGGGUGUAAGUGAAAAUGGGAACAUGAAAGGAAGGAGGUUAGCCAGACCACGGAAAGAACGUUUUGGCGCUGGAACAAUAAUACUGGAUAGUGCAAUGCUUGCCCAUGGUGAGGAUUUCGCAUCGGACCGGGGUACCAGGCUAACAGCGGAUGACUCCUGAAUUAAAUCGGGUGCAUGGACAGAUGAGUUGCAGUACACUACGGCCACAACAAUGGAGAUGGCGAGUAUCUGUCG